AUGCCACGAUCAUUUCUAGUCAAGAAAGUGAAAUGUGAUGAGGAUCGCCAACCAAACCAGUACCGAAUCAGGGACGUUUUUGAGGAGUCCGUAGCGAGUCUGAAGGCAGUUACACCCUUCACCCCGGUGGUACAGCCCCUGUCUGUCCGCAUCAGUAACGGUUACAUUCAAGAUGUUGUUGUUCCAACAUUGCCACAAAACUCGGCCACCGUAUUACAUGAUGUAGACUCAAGGAAUAGGUUCGAAGAAAAUCUUGUUGAAGAAACUCCCUCUCCCGAACCAGUUCCUGAUAAAAACUUGGAGGUUGAAGUUCGGACAUCUCUCCCUAAUAUGCACACUGUUGGUUAUACUUAUGAUGCGUUUUUUGUAAGCGAUGGAAGAGCAAGAAAGAACGCGUUUGGGAUCCCAACCAAAGCCCUGAAACAAAGAUAUACCUGCAACGAAUGCGGAAAAGAUUAUGCGACAUCAUCGAAUCUCUCACGUCACAAGCAAACACAUCGAAGUCUCGAAAGUCACUCAGCCAAGAAAUGUCCACACUGUGACAAAGUUUAUGUGAGCAUGCCUGCAUUGUCCAUGCAUAUUCUUACUCACGAACUUAAACACAAGUGCGAUAUUUGCGGUAAAGCGUUUUCUAGACCAUGGCUUCUUCAAGGUCACAGACGGUCUCACACCGGCGAAAAACCAUUCGGAUGCGCACACUGUGGCAAAGCUUUCGCUGAUAGAUCAAAUCUUCGAGCACAUAUGCAAACCCAUUCAGCAUUCAAACACUAUAAAUGCAAGAGAUGUGACAAAUCAUUUGCUCUAAAAUCAUACCUGAACAAGCAUUAUGAGUCGGCGUGUAUAAAAGACGGGACCGAAUCUGAGACGGGCUCUGUAGUAUCCGAGAUAUCAGCAAUCUCGGAGAUAUCUUGUUAUUCCGACUGCUAAAAACUUGUGCACCUUCAAAGUAGACUCGUCACCAUUCUAAAGCAUUUCAAUCCCUGUGCCAACUUUCUGCAGUUACAAUUUCUUAAAACGACCCAUGUAAUUUCUUGUUAACAUUUUUCGUAGCAAUUUUCAUAUCAACAAAGAAUAGUUCCUAUUUUGGUAGAACUUUUUAUAGUAUUUUACACUUGUUCUCUUUCAAUAUCAUCACCAUUGUGUCUUCGUAUUGCAAACUGUUGUUUCUCUUUGUAAAUAUUUGCAGAAGGAAAUCAAGCAAUAUAAUUUUCGAUAUGCA